AUGGAGGUUCCUACGACAGAAGAUUCCAUGGAGAUGGCUUCGCCUUAUCACGGGCACGCAGAUGACUUUGACAUCGAUAUCGAUCUCAUGGAAGACAAUGUUUCGAACAUGGACAGUGAGAUGAUGGGCGCAGAUGACUAUCUCGGCACAUCUCAUGCCUCAUUAUUUACUACUGAGGCAAAUGGCGAUGCAGACAUGGCUGAUGGACCGUCUGAAGGAUCCAUGGUCGAUGCAGAUUUGGUCGACCAGGACCCUGAUGUUGAAAUUGAAUUUGAGGACACCACAUACGAGGCCGAAAUGCUGGAAGACGAUCAAGACGAAGGGAAUACCAUCCCUAUCCCCUCAGUUCAGGUUGAGCCACACCCGGAACCUGUUGAGCAACACCACGGUCCAAGUGAGACCCUUACACAGGCCGUUGAAGAACCGGCGCAUCAACCAAAAGACGGUGUAGACACUACCGGCGAAGAGUCAAUUCCAAGUGGGUCCGUGGAGGCUCGAGAGGAUCCUCAGCCACAGGAGUCAAAUGUAGCUCUUGGGGAGGUCUCUCUUGAACCUAUCAAUGCUGCUACGAGCGCUGAGACCUUCGAAGGAUCUGAACAGUACUCAAAAGCGGAUUCUUCGGCCUUUGAAGACCAUUCUCAAAGCCAUGUUUCUGGCACAAAUGAAGAUUCGAGUGCCGUGAUUGCUCCGCUUGAUGACACUGUUCCAGUCAACGAUGCGGCCGCUGAGAAAGACGAUGAAGAAAUUCCUCAACAAAUCGAGGCGACCGAAAUCCCUCAACAGGAUCACCACGCAGACGAAGCUGCAGAUGUAGUUGAGCCUGAGAAAAAGGAUGAAGCUGCAGAGGGUGCUAGGAUCGCAGACGAGGAUGGAAAGAACCCUUCCAAAGACCCCGCCACCACCAGCGCUCCAGAGACCGACGAUCAGAGUAGUUUUGAUGAGGAAGAGUCCCUGCACCCUGUCAAGGUAUACUACCAGGAGACUGAAAUUUCCCUAUUUCCUCCUCUUGAAGGAGACUCGUCGGAGACAUUCUUUCUCCAUGACGAAGAAAUCGCGUACGAUCAUAUUGGUAGACUGUUCAAAUCUCUGCGUGAGGUCUUGUUGGAUAAUGUCGCCGAGAAUGAGGUCCUUGUCAUUGACAUUGAUUCAUUGGGUAUUCAAUUGACUGAGGACUGCUCGCACUUAUCCACUUUGACCUUGCACCGAAUUUUGAAUGUCUACCUUCGUCUUUGCCAAAAUGAAGGUAACAGCGAACCAGAGGCUUUCUACUUGACGCUGAGCUCCAAGCCGGCUGUUUCCUCUGAGCUUGCCGCUCUGGAAGCCGCCGCUGGCGAAGGUAAAGGCUUGUCGCAGAUUCACCCGUGGAGUGGAUACGAAGAUGGAGAUGACAUUGAUGAUGGCGAAGCUACUCAGACCAUGGAUCGUUCAUUGGAGGAGAGUCAUGAAUUGCAGACCCAUCAGAAGUCCUCUUCGGGCACCGAUAAUCCCGAGCCACGAGUUUCGGUGCACGUGGAAGAAGUGAAUGUAGUUGAACAUGUUCACCAGGAAGCCCACCCUGAUGAGACGACUACGUCACCUGACCACGAAACAACUUCCAUCACAGUGGGAAAUGAGGAUACAGUGAGCCCUCCGCAUAAUUCUUCGAACGCUGUUGAAAAGUUAGAUGACUCUCGCGAAGAGCAAUACGACUCUGAGGCUCCCCGAACAGAGUCGACCUCCACGCUUGUGGCUACAUCCGAUCGUGCCGGUGAAACUGAGUCUGCUGGUGACAUCUCCACCGCAAGUGGACAAGCGCUACUUGAGCAAGACGGAGAACAGAUCGGCGAUGGUGGUGAGCACGCAGAUACUAGCGAGGAAUCGAGUGGUGCUCGGACAUUGGAGCAAGAACUUGCGCCCGCGUCGCAGGAGCAGACGCAAGAAGAUAUUCCUGACGAAUACCAUGAGGAAGACGACAAUACCAACGAAGCUGAAGCAGAAGCCGACGUGCACGUGAUCGAUUUCGCUGCUGCGGAUGACCGCGAUGUUCAUGUCGGCGAGAGUGACCCGGCGCCUUUGGAACAGGAACCCGGUGUCGAUACUGUGUCUCAUGAUGCCGAUGAGCAGAACGAGGACCAGUGGGAGUCUGCGGUAGAGGCGAAGUCGCUCGAAGAGUCAACAACACUUGAAACUGCGGCGGAUCCUGAGGAUGAUCUAUUGGAACAUACCAGAGACAACUUGCAAGACACUGCCGGCGAUCUCGAGGAGACCUUUGACCACGAAGACGAAGACUUCCAACAAGAGUAUGGGAAUGAGCAACUUGAUUUUGCCGCAGACGAUGCAUAUGGCGGUGAUUAUGACGCCAACCACGUUGAGGGCGGCCACGAUGAAGAACAACAGGACAUCCUUGUCUUCACCGAGCACACUGUGGGCGAGCAGGAUUCGGCACCCAUCGAGUCAGAAACCCACGACAAAUCGUCCAAGCGCUCUCGUGGGGACGACGACGAAUGGGAUUUGGACGAGACUUGCAGCCUUGAGCCCAAACGUCGUCGCCCUUCAUAG